GCUUGCGUCGCCGCGAAGUGAGUCGUGACUGGCAAAGUAACUCGCGGAAACCUUCGGUUUGAGGAGCCCAUCUAUUCUUAAAGAAAAAUAGGAGCGAGUGCUCAAUUUGCGGCCAUUUGACUAGCAGAAUACUAUUAUCAUUAUUACUGAAGUACUUCAAUAAAGUUACGUGUAAUCCUAGUCUUCGCAGUUGACAGCUAGCAGACCAGCAGCGAGACGUCAAUCUUAGCUGCGCAUGAAGGUUGUUGCUAGACAGUGGCUAUCUAUAAUGAAGUCGAUCAUGGCUAUUUGUAUCGCCGGGAAUGAAAGUAAUGCCACGUGCGGCUUUAACACAAUAGCUUCCGGAGACUACGUGCAGGCAAUCAAUUUCCUUAGCUAAAGGUGACAGUGUGCAACGUAAUACCCUAUGGUUGACACAGAGGAAAAUGAAAGAUGAACGAUAUAUCUCUGUUGUGGUUUCAUAGCUUGAUAUAAACAAAGCAACACGAUCUGAAGUUUGAACGGUCGGCAUACAUCCCAUUCGAAUGAACGGUUAACGUCGGGCGACUUCAGAAUGAGGACGUAAACUAGCGCAAUGAGCUUGCAAGCGAGAAGGUCCUCUGAUUAUGGUAUCCUGCAGGAUAUUCUGUCCGCUUUGGGGCACUGGCAUCCAUAUCGAAGAGCCCAGUUGGCACAUCACGUACUGUGCGCGGCGGGAAUUAGCAUUUCUAUGUACGCUCUUUACGUCGAAAUUAACAAAACUCGCCAACCGGACUACAAGUCACUGUGCGAUCUAGCUGAGCACAUCAGUUGUUCCAGGGUUCUCACGUCUGAGUACUCCCGUGGAUUUGGACUUCUGGGUCGCCUCUUUGGUCACGAUUCUGCCCUGAACAUGCCCAAUUGUGCACUUGGCAUCGUCUUCUAUAUGAUUCUUUUUUGUCUUGGAUUUCUGCAUCAACCAAACGUGCUGUUGCUCACAGUCUUACUUAGCUUUUUGGCUAAUGGCAUGUCGUUAUACCUGGCCGCUGUCCUAUUCUUUGUCCUCGAGGAUCUUUGCAUCGUCUGUGUAACUACGUACAUCAUUAAUGCGGGUCUACUUGUCGCAUCGGCUUUCCGUUAUGUACGCUGUCCAAAACGAGCGAAAGAAAGGGCGUUUCGAAGCAGCCUUAAAAAGUUCAAUUAAGGUAAUUUUUAUGGAUGUAUAGUUAGCCGUUAAGAACAAUAGUUCGACGUACAAAUGCAUACAUGGCCUAUUGUAGCUUUCUGCGACUAUAUCGAUUAUACAUCAAGGUGUGGGCAUUAAGUGAACCAAUCGGACGGCUUAAUAAAAAUCUAGCUUUACAAGCUAGGUCAUUUAAUUUAAAACAUUACAUUAGCUACCUAAUUGGCAUCAAUAGGCUUUCUAUAUGACAUGACUGGAAAGAAAAAAGAUAUGCUACUAUUUCGCCAUACCUUUGAUAAAAUGAAACAUCUGAAGCGGUAGAAUUCGUGUCAAAAAUACUGUGCCAAAAAGUCCUUAAUUUUCGUGUAAAACCAUCGUUCAAAUACAUUGAUCUACAGGUAGCUCUCAUUGAAGUCCAUGUAUUAUCCUAUAUAACUAAUAAACUUAGCGGUUUCUGCUCCUACUUGUUGUUUCUAUUUUCCACUGUGUUUGCAUGCAGUUAAUGACAGAAAAGACUCGUAUUUUAAUUAGAGCAUUGGCUUAUUGCUUUAAUGAGCCAAGGUGUAAUUUGUAAUAAGUAUCGCAAUUAUUUAUUACAUACAUAUUACAUGCUGCUUUCAACAAAUAUUUGUGUUCAAGAUAUGUACAUACAAGGUUUGCAUUCUACAUAAGCUUUAUAACAUGACGUAUUUAAAGAAUAAGCAAAUUGAUGCGUUAUAAGAAAAUUAUUAUGGUCUUGUUGUUGACGUCUAAUAUAAUCGUAGACACGUGUGUCUCAAGUUCCACAUAAGAGUCACAAAAUCAAGCUUGCUGUUAGAUUGUCGCACGUGUGAAUAAUCGUUUUUAUGACAGUGCUGCGUUUAGUUGUGAGCGAAAUAUUAUUCCAAUUAAGGUACAAGUUUAGCCUCAUUCCUUUUAUCUUCUUGAACUAUAAGAUGAUUCACACUUCUGAAAGUCAAAGUUGAGUUCGACUACAGAAUUAUGCACGAAACGUUAAAGAUUCUCAUUAUUGGUCAAGUUUUAACGAAUAAUUUUCGUUUUUUUUUGGUUUCUACUUGCUUUUUAUUAAUGGGAAGUUAUUCUAGCUUCUAAGCUAUAUUAUAAUUCGAUCUUAAUUCAAUGUCUUAGCUUUAUCACCAGGUCUAAAAAAGUUAUUGUAUUAAUGUAAUACAAAAAGCAGUGUUUAAAAUACUCUGCUAAACGUGAAGUUAACAAAUAACGGUUUCGAGGAAUUCAUUUGCACAGAGAAACCAUAAGAAUAUAUGGAUCGGAAAAAAAUUCGAGCAAAAAUACAAUAAGACAUUUAGCAAAAAACAUCGUAUUUAUAGACCGCUGUAAUUGCCUCUUUGCUACAAGUAAACUUCAAUCCUAUCUAUAACAUGAUCCAGGUUUUGUUUUUACACCCACCUUUUUUCUCACGUUACCUAUACAUCGAAUUACUACUUGGAAGUUAAAGUUUUUAGAUCUAAGAGCUUCUUUAAAUUAGUUUUUAUCUAGCUAGUUAAUGGUGCCCGAUUCGUUAUCAAAAAGACGACCUUAACAAGUUCAACGUUCUAACCAUUAAUUCUUACAUAAUAAUAUUCUAUACAGUAGUCGUAGCAACGGGAUAGUUAUUUGGCAUAUGCGAAAAAAUUGAUUUAUAAGAAUAUGCUGUAACCGCCUAUAACUAAUUAGAUCCGUAGAUAACUAGGUAGUCUACGACUUUUUGGUCUAGAUGAUAGAUGAUGUUCUAGCUUCGUAGAUAGCCAUCUUGAUAAAGCUUCGUCCUAUAUCUACUGAAACAGCUGAUAA